AUGCAGCUUCGAAAGUUCUUACUUCUGGGCAUGCUCGUCGGAGCCGAGGCCACAAAGCUGGUCGCUCGUCAGAACACUGACUCCGACUCGGCUGCCGUGCCCUCAACCGAUUCCGCUCCUGCGACCACUGCUGAGGCCGACCCUUCACCAACUGACGAUACCGCGACUACGGCUGCUGACCCUACCACCGCCGCCGAGCCUACCGACGAUGCAACCACUGCCGCUGAUCCCACAACCGAGGAAACCACCGAUGCCACUACCACAGCUGGGGACGUUACCGUUACCAAGACAGUUACUGUUACCGAUGCUGAUGCCAAAACUGUGAGCCGCAUGACGACCGUGAUGAAAACUAUCACCUCUACUGUCGUCGUUACGUCUACCGCUUUCGAGACCGCAACUGUUACUAGCAGCGACGCUGAGACCGCGACCGAGACGGAAUUCGUUACCUCUACCCAGUGGGCCAACGAGAAGCGUGCUCUUGAUCUUGCUCCCCGAACCAUUGGAGGCGCUGAACUCGUUGCUCCCGCCGCGCCUACCGUCACCUCUGUUCCUUACGACUUCCACGUUGAGAUCCGUCGUGAUCAGUACGGCCUCCGCGCCUUCCGACGAGGCCUUCAGAAGCGUGCCACCAUCACCGAGACCGUUACUGUCACCGAGGGAGGAGGCGACAGCGACACCACCGUCUUCAACACCGUCUCCCGAACAGUUAUUUCCACAAUCAGCAGCCAGACCAAGGUUACCAAGACCCUUACCAAGACUGCCCAGGAAGGUGCCAGUACCACUGUCACUACUACGAGCACCGUUGUUAUCACCUCUACUAGAGUGACUACUGGAGUUGUUCGCACAGCGACUGUUGCUCCCUCAGGAGAGUAUGGCCCCGCUGGUACUGGUGGCGCCAGCUCCGAUGAUAGCAACAACAAAAGCAGCAGCAGCAAUGAUGAUAGCGGCCUCUCCACUGGUGCCAAGGCUGGUAUCGGUGCUGGUGUUGGUGUCGCUGGUCUGAUUGUUAUCGGUGGUCUCAUCUACUUCUGCCUCCGCAAGCGCCGCAACGCCAAGAACAAGGCUGAGUACGACGAUGUCUUUGGUGCAUCUGAGGUUCCUGUUGGUGGUCGUGGUGGUGGUGGCGGCGCCGCCGCUGCUGUCGGUACCAGCCCCCACAUGUCCCAGACCUCCCCUGCUGCCGCUUCCACUCUGGCCCCUAGCCGCAACACUACUAUGUCUGAGGGUUACCGUGGUACUGCCCUUGGCGAUGGACGUGCCGGAUUCGCCAAGCCUCAGCAGUAUGGACGUAACUACGCGGCCGUUAGCCCCGAGACCAACUACUCCCGUACUGCUGGUAGCGACCAAGCCUUCUCAGCCGUCACCCCUGAGAACAACUACGCCAACCUUGCCGGACACUCACCACACAACAACGCUGCCGAGAUGUACAGCCCUGCUAACACAGCUGAGCUGGCAUCCGACAGCGCUGCUACCAAGUGGCAUCAAAAUGAUGCUGCCGAGAUUGACGGUAACCAGGUCUCAAGUGCUCGCGGUACAGCACCGCCUGAGCACGUAUAUGAGAUGCCUGCGCAACCCUAUCGGUAA